AUGUUCCAAUUCAAGCUUCAACUGUCUGAAGAUGAUGAUAGUAAUGGUGUGGCGACUUGUGCCAAGUUUUCUCCCGAUGGAAGCCGUGUAGCAGUUGUGAAAGGAACGGUCGUGCUAAUCUGGGAACUAGAAGGGGAUGGAACGCCAUUGAUUAUUACCACGUCGCAUAUAAGGCCUAUAUCAGAUGUUUGCUGGUCUCCAGAUGGCCAAUGUGUCGCUACGGCUUCGGAUGACUUUUCCAUUGAGACUACACACUUGGAAUACGGCUCUUUGCACAGAUUUAUGGGCCAUACGGCGCCCGUUGUGUCACUGUGCUUCAAUGACAAGGGAAAUCUGCUGUUUUCAUCAUCGAUGGAUGAGAGCAUCAAGAUCUGGGAUGUUUUGAAUGGGUCUGUGAUGAGAACAGUAGCAGCGCACUCAGAAUCGGUCGUCUCAAUCGAUAUACCGGCAGAUGAUUCCACCAUUGUAUGCUCUGGAUCAUAUGAUGGGCUGAUCAGGGUGUUUGAUACGGCAUCAGGACAUUGCUUAAAGACAUUGACUUACGACAAGGACUGGAAGAGCGAAAACGGUGUAGUGCCCAUAACACAAGUCAAGUGCUCACGGAAUGGCAGAUACUUAGUAGUCAAAUCACUCGAUGGUAUUGUCAAACUUUGGGAUUGUAUACGAGGCUACGUGGUGCGUACCUUCAAAGUUGAAUCAGAUGAAGUGCGAAAUUUACAAAGGUCUUGCGGCAUGGACUUGCUGUACCCUGAAUCAGGGUUGCCUCCAGUAGUGGUGAGUGGUUACGAACUGGGUCAAAUCUAUUGUUGGGAUUCGGCAGAUAAGAGACUAGUACAAUUGCUAGAAGGCGAACGACAUCGAGGUAGCCCGAUCAUGAGCAUUCACUGUCACGGGAAUCUGAUGUGUUCACUCUCACUGGAUGGAGAAUGUAACUUGUGGGAGUGGAAGCAGUCAGCUUAA